AGGCAAGCUCCUGCAGUGAUCUGGAGCCUUUCCCAGCCUGUAAAACACAGCCAUUUCUUGGGGAAUUUCUUUAUUUUCAUGUUUUAAGUUGAAUUUUGCUCCUUUAGCCAAGCUGUGUGUGGACAAGGAGUGGUGCUGGUGGAGGGCAGAGGAGAGAGGUGGAGCUGAGCUGGUUCCCUUUGUGAUUUUAGGGAUGCACGGGUGGUCAAGGACAUGGCCACGGGCAAGUCCAAGGGCUACGGCUUCGUCUCCUUCUUCAAUAAAUGGGACGCCGAGAACGCCAUCCAGCAGAUGGGGGGGCAGUGGCUCGGGGGCCGGCAGAUCCGGACCAACUGGGCCACCAGGAAACCUCCAGCUCCCAAGAGCACCUAUGAGACAAGCACCAAACAAUUGUCCUACGACGAGGUGGUGACUCAGUCCAGCCCCAGCAACUGCACCGUGUACUGCGGGGGGGUCACCUCGGGCCUCACAGAGCAGCUGAUGCGCCAGACCUUCUCCCCCUUCGGGCAGAUCAUGGAGAUCCGAGUGUUCCCGGAUAAAGGAUACUCCUUCGUCAGGUUCAAUUCCCACGAGAGCGCUGCCCACGCCAUCGUCUCCGUCAACGGCACCACCAUCGAGGGCCACGUGGUGAAGUGUUACUGGGGCAAGGAGACACCCGACAUGGUCAGCCCUGUCCAGCAGGGCCAGCUGAGCUACCCGCCGGCCUACGGGCAGUGGGGACAGUGGUACGGGGGAGCCCAGCUGGGCCAGUACGUGCCCAACGGCUGGCAAGUGCCUGCCUACAGUGUCUACAGCCAGGCCUGGAACCAGCAGGGCUUUGGGCAGAGCCAGUCGUCAGCCCCGUGGAUGGGCCCCGCUUACGGCGUGCAGGCGGCGCAGGGGCAGAACGGCGCCGCGCUGCCGCCCCAGCCCGGCUUCCGCGUGGGCUUCGAGACCCCCUGAGCCCCUCCCAGCGCCAACCGUGGAGUGAGAGCCCCCCAAAGAGAGCUGAGAUGGAACAGAAUCCCUCCCUUUGCACCCCAAAAAUAACCCAGAUGCUGGAUCGCCAACACCGCCACCGCCUUUCGGGUUUUGCUACUUUUUUGGGGGAUUUUUUAGGGUUUUUUGG